UCUUUCUCUUCCGCUAGGCGAAGAUCUUACGUUCUCGACGCGUGACGCAGCACGCUUAGAUAUAAAUACGUGCCAGUGCGCUGCCGCUUCCUCUCUGAUCGCACGGCCGCCUUUCAACAUGGCGCCGCAGAAAGUCAAGAAGCCUAAGAGGUCAGUCUGGAAGUUUGGUUUGGACCUUACUCAUCCAGUAGAAGAUGGAAUUUUUGAUUCUGGAAAUUUUGAACAGUUUCUACGGGAGAAAGUUAAAGUCAAUGGAAAAACUGGAAAUCUUGGGAAUGUUGUUCACAUUGAACGUGUCAAAAAUAAAAUCACAGUCGUUUCUGAGAAACAGUUCUCAAAAAGGUAUUUGAAAUAUCUUACCAAGAAAUACCUGAAGAAGAACAGUCUUCGUGAUUGGCUUCGUGUGGUUGCAUCUGACAAGGAAACGUACGAACUUCGUUACUUCCAGAUUAGUCAAGAUGAAGACGGAUCUGAGUCUGAGGACUAGACAAAGCUGCCCUCUGUAGGAUUUUGCUUAUGAAACCAAAUGAAACAUACAAGAGAACAUCUAGAGAUGGGCUUAGUAUAUCAGUGAAUAAAAAGUAAUGUACUCUACGUUAA